ACUUGUUCAACAAGCACCCGUCAACCAGAAGACUGUCUUCAAACCAGCAACUGCUGAAGGAAAUGGCUUCCCAAAUUGCAAAGGUCAACAAGGGUCUGACCACUGCCGCAGACAUGCGGAAAACUACCCAGAUGCUGAUGCAGCCAAAUGCAAACUGGGAGGAGUAUCUGGCUCCUGCUCCUCUCUCCAUCGCCAUCAUGGGGGAGUUGGUCUUCAUCUCUUCGGGCACCGACUUCUCCAUUAACAAGAACCCCCCAAAAGAUGGAUUCAAGCACAUCAAGUACCCAGACUCCUUCAGGGCUUGUCUCAUGCAAGUCUGUAACUCAGGCUGGCAAGCUUUCAACAUCGCCCAUAAGAAUAUGGAUCAAAUCCGCAUUCAUACAGCCUCUGUUCCAGACCACAUGAAAGCAGCAGUGAAAUUCCUCUUUCAGGGAGAUGAUGAAAUUGUUGAAAAGUUUCUCCCAAACCAGCUGGAAAACAUCCGUACCAUAGCAGAUGAAUGUGUGCAGCUAGCAGAUGGAGUAGAAAAGAAAUAUCAGGAUGUCAUCCUUUUAAUCCAGGAGAUGCUGGAAGCCUGCCUCAAUGCUAAACUAGUCUAUGGAGAUGACCUGGAAAAGGUUAGGAAUAAAAUUGAGGAAAACAAAAUGAGGGAAAAGACUGCAAGAGAGCUAGAUGAAAGAUAUGAUAAAGCAAUGAAAGCCAUGGAAAAACAGGUUGAAGACGCACAAGAAGAGUUCAAAACAUCAAUGAACUCACUCCCAUCAGGGAUGGAAUUGGUUGCCAUGGAGAUGGCUGAGUCACUGUCACAGACAGUGGCUACAAUGGGAAGUGCAGUUGCUUCAAUGGCCACAGAGGGCCCAUCAGCUAUAUUAUCAGGAAUGGCUGAAAUAGCUGGAACGGCUUUAAAGAUGGAGUCAGUCUCAAACGUGGCAAUCUACAGCAAGGCUCCAAUGAUUGUCGUUCAAGCAAAAGCAAUCCUAAACUACAUUAAUAAGAAUGAGAUAAACUGGAAAGCACUAUAUGACCCCAAGAACAAAAAGACAGAAUAUAUCAAACAACAGUUUAAAAAGAUUUCUACAGAUUUAGCCAAAGCACAAAAGAGCUUAGUCCAAAGCAAAGCUCUGUCUUUGUGCAAUAGCGGCAUUGCCAUAUGUGAACAGCUGGCAAAGUAUUCUCCAGACAAGAAAUGGGAUAAAAAUACCACAGAAAAGCUGAUUAAAGAUGUAAACAAGCUGCAUCAAGAUGCUCUGCAGUUCGACUCUUCGAGUAAAAUGAAGUGUGGUGCUCCAGCUAUUGCUCCCACACCUCCAAUGCUCUCCAAAACAGAGGUGAAUGCUGAAUCUAAAACAGAGGGGAAUGCUGAAUCUAAAACAGAGGGGAAUGCUGAAUCUAAAACAGAGGGGAAUGCUGAACAUCAGCGUGCCAGCCAGGCAGCAGCAGAGAGUGCACGAUUCCGCAUUGAGCAGAGCCGAGAACAGCUGAAGCAAUGCAGAGAAGAAUAUAACAAGGCUGUGGAGAGAAUGGAGAGAAACAAGAAAGAGCUAGACGACAUCCUGGUGGAGAUGCACAACUGCAACAUUAAAGAGAUUGACUUUGACACCACGAUCAAAAUGCUGGUCAAAGGUAUGGAUGCCAUGGGCCGAGUGAAAGAGCAGUGGGAGAAGAUGGUGCGCUUCUUCCAGAUGGUGGCAAAUAUUGUGAAAACCAGUCUUUCAAAAACCAUGAAACAUUUCGCACAGAGUGCUGAAGAUGCACAAACACUGUCCUACAAUUCCAGGCUCUUUACCAAAGACCUGAUGUACAACCAGGCCUUUCAAGCUUCCAACAUCGCCAGUCUGGUCCAUAUGAUCUCUGGGACCUACUGUGAAGUGUCCAACAAAUACCUGAUGGACCGGGUCAGCAGCCUGGGUAAGCUUAUGGCUAUGGACAAGGAUAAACCAGAGUUCCUCCAAGAGCGCAAAAAACUGCAGGACACCUGCGAAGAAGCUCAAGAAAACAUCUUAAAACUGGUCCAAAACAACAAGAAAGAUUUUGAGAAAAACACAGAUACCAGACUUGCACAAAUUGAAGGUGGGCUGAAGGCUGUUCUCCCUGCUGCUGACCCAGAGGAAACUAAAAGGAUCCAAAACAUUGUUCAGGCCAGCAUUACAGAGCAAGACCUGACUGAUUAUGAAUGA